CGACGAUAAUUUUAUUUACCAAAAUAUGUCAAAUGACCUUGCUAGUUUGUAAACAAUACCUACCUUGACGAAUACAAAAUCUAAUUUCCUUGUUUUAUUUUUCAUAUUUUCGUAUUUCAUUGAAGUUUAUUGAGUGUUACAACGAAAUUCAAAAGAGAAAAAAUGAAUAUUGAUUUUGAAGCAAUGGCUGUUUUGGAAGAGGAAUCACACAAUGACUCCCUCGGUGGCGGGGUCUUUGGGUCAGUGGGGGCGGGGGCGGAGGGGGGAGACCGUCGCGAGGGGGGUAAGCGCGGGCGUCGUCCUGGCAGAAAAGCGCAGCUUGACAAACAGGAUAUGAAGGCCAAGCUAGAGCGCAGUCGUCAGUCGGCGCGCGAGUGUCGUGCGCGCAAGAAGCUCCGUUACCAAUAUCUUGAGGAGCUGGUCGCUGAUCGGGAGCGCUCCGUUAUUGCCUUGAGGAAGGAGCUCGAUAAGUAUUACAAAUGGAAUCUGGAACUAGACCAAGGUCGUAUUCCAGAGGGGCUGGACGCCAUGCUCCAGGAAUUGGGAAUGGUCAAACAGGAGGAGACUAAACAGUUUUAACAUGUCUAAACAUAUCUCAGUUGCCAGUGUACGACAACAUAUAAAUUCGAUGUCUUAACUAAAACAUCAACUUAUAGGUGUGAAAAUUUCCGAUUUUGAUGUUAGUGGAUAGACAUUGAUGUUUUAAAAAAAAACAAUUAUUUGGGUAACAUUCUUUAGAGAUUAAAAAAAAAUUGUUAACAUUUGUUACAUUUUGUUUUGUAAGUAUAAGUAUUUCGUUAAUAAUAAUGUACCUUCUCCUACAUGUGUUUGUUUUAGUUGAGAUAUAUUUUGGCUUUCAUGUUGUGGCAUUACUUUACUUUUUCUUUAUUUGUAAUUUUUAUGAUAAAUUAGAAUAGGUUCCAUAUAUUGAAAUAGAAAAACGAGCACUAAUAAUUCAUGUCACUAUAAAAAUUAACCCCUAAAUAUUAAAUACUAAAUAAUUUAAGGGUAGCUUCUGUAAAGGUUAUUAAACAACAUUUGAUAAUUAACAUGCAAAAAAACAUGAAAAAAAUAACUAACUAACCCCGAGAAACAAAUUUAGUCGAUCUGAUUCGGAUGGAAUUUUUAUUUUAAUGAAAUAUCACUGUAUUUAGUACCAGUUACUGAUCUACCCUUAAAUUUUGUUUAUAUAUUUUUACAGCACUUAUAAAAAUGUUGAUUAAUUACUCAAAAGAAUCACCUUUUAUUUAUUACAUGCAUGUAAAAUUCUGAUUGACAUUAUUCAUAUCAAAAUUUUACUCGGUUAAUGUGGGCACUAGUUUUUAGUUUUAAGAUGUAAAUAUGCUUUAAGAAUUUAUACUUAUGUUGCUUUUGUUUUACAUUUUAAGGAUCGUUUUAGUUUUUUGUGAAAAUGAUGAGCUUUUGUCCUGAGUUAGUUAUACAUAUGGUAUAAGAUGCCAUUCAAUUUUUUUUAAUUCAGAGCUAUAGCUCUUUAAACAUUUAGUAUAUACAAAAUCAUAAAAUAUUAUUUUUCAUAUUUGGCUUUUACUAAAGAUUACCUAUUUUUAAUAUAUCCUUAAACGUAAAAAUUAAUCGUUUUUGACAACCUCGUAGAGGAUCUAAAAUAUUUACAAGUUUUAUAAUAGUAGCGAGCCUAAUAAUAAAUAAUGAUGAUGUUAUUGCAUUUCAUAGUUGUAAAUCAUUUGAACCGCAAAUUAAGAUAUAACGAUUACAAUUGUAGAAGUGGGAGCAGUUCAGUCACUUUUAUUUUUUAAUCUUCAUCAGUAAAAUUUCGUAUUGAAAACUUUUAAUAAACUUUUUUUUAACAAUCAGUAAAAUGUAUGUAAAUCUCAUAUGACAGAACUACCUACAUGAUGGUAAAAAAUAUAGCUAGUACGUACGUAAUGUUUUAUAAUAAAAAAUACAAAAAUAAAAAAAAGAAUAACUUUUUAUAAGUUACGGUUACGUUAAGUACUAAGUAAUUGCAUAAAGUAAGUAUGUUAUAAGUACUGUAUUUAACUAGUUCAAUUUGUUUUUCAUUGGAUUAUAAAAACUAAAUAUCUGAGUGUUGAGCCUAACAAGGCAUACCUAUGCCAGUUUCGUUUUUACAAAAACAAUAUGGUACCUAUAUAGCAUAUUUUUCAAUUCUAUUUUUUAAAUGUCCUGCCAGGUAUUGUCUAAAUAUUCGUAAAAAUUAAUAAUUGAAAUAUUUCUUUAAUAAGUAAAUGUCCUGUUUAUUUCCUAUGUAUUAUUAUAUAUAUUUGCAUAUGUUGUAUAUUACAAAUAAUGAAUGAAUUUGAACAUUAUCAACAAUUGUUUUCCCUUUUUAUUUAUUGUUAAUAACAAGUAAUAUAACGAAGCGCUUAUACAAUAACCACUAAGAUUUUAUUGUUAUGUGAGAGCAAUUUAUUUACUUGGCUGGUUCUUGGAGAAUAUUAUGAAGUAAAACUGCACAUAAGGUUGAUAAAUGCUGAACUUGUAUUAUAAGGACUCAUUGACAUAUGUACACAAAAUUACAGAACUCGGAUGAUCUUUAGGUUAUUAUAUAUUCUAAGCGAAAAAUAAACAAAAAGCGUUCCCGCUUUAUUCUCUUUAUUAUAAGUGUUUCAUCCUAUUUGAAGUUGUUUCUUAUUUCAAAGAGGUCGAGUGAAUAUUGAAUUUUAAAUAAUAUGUUUGAGAAAUAUUUAUUGUUUCGCAUUAUUUAAGGUCUGCUCCCAGAUUAGGAAAACGAGAAUUUUAUAUUGGUUCUAAAAAUCCCACUCGAUUAUGGGUAAAUGUAUUUUCAAGAUGUCCUGUUUUUCAAGCAUUGUCAAGUUUUCUCUACACUAUCCUACCACUACCUACAUAAAUAUUCAAAUAUGCAUUUUACCUGGUAAUCUGAUAUUUUUCAUACCAUCUCUCUCUCGAGAACCAAGGUAAAAUUGACAAACAAAUUGAAUUAGUAAAAAAUAUAAGAAUAUCUAUAAGUACUUUAUCUUAUAAAUAGAGUACCUAUUUAAGUUGUCACUAGAUGGCACACUCGUCAACGAAGUGAUACGUGAAAUUGUUUGCUUUGUUCCUUUUUUUUUUAAAUUUUAUUCUUUGCUUGUUUAUUCAAUUUAUUUUAAGAAUAUUGAAACCAUGAUAUAUUAAUAAGAAAAUCCUUUUCGUUUUGAACAUUAUAUCUUGUUUAAUUAUUUGCGUGUUGUAAAGUUUUUUUUAAGUAAGAAUUAUUAAAGUUCAUUUUGUGCACUUCCUACGUUCAAUUAUUAAUUUUAUGAUUACUUUUCGAACUACUUUUGAAUUAUUUGCUUAUGUAGUUUAUUUAGCUUUGUAUUUUUAAUGAAUAGUGUAGCUUAUUACCUACGUUAUUUCUGUCGGCAUUCCGCCUUAUUUGUAUGCUAUGUAGAUUUUUUUAUAUCACUAUCAUAUCAUUAAAUGUAAAUGAAUGCUACUGUGUUUGUGUUAUAUUUUAAUGGGAGUUUUAAUUUUAUUAAAAAAAAAUUGCGAAACAUUUUCUCGCACCAUGUUAUCUUCACAUUGUAUUUUAAUGGUAGGACAAUAAAAUACAAUGUAAAGUAUAAAAUCAAAAUACUAACACAACCAACUAAAAUCCACCUCAGUUAGUUUUAAGGUUAAUGUCCAGAUAUUUAGUUGGAUUAGGUUCAGUAAAAUAUUUAAAAAUAUAUAUAUAAUAUGUUAUUGGAAAUAAAUUACAUAAAUUCUUUGUAUUUCCCCAUUAUUAUGAUAUCAGUAUGUAAUAAAACCAGUGAUCACUUAAAUUUCCCAACCCCAAGUAAAUAUUUGGAUAUAAAUAUCAUCCUUAACCCAAAUACAAUAAUAUUGUAAUUUGUUGGUACUCAAAUAUUGUGUCCCUCGUCAAAACAUAUUAUUUGUUUCUAGUGAUUCCUGUUACAUCUUUGUGUAAUAAAAAUACUCCAUAUUUUGCGAAUGCGUCCCUGUUUAGAAGGACUUAUAUAUGAUAUAGAUAGUAUAUUCAUAACUAGCUGUGCCCGCAACUUCGUCCGCGUGGAACAGUUAUUUUGGGCAUGAUUGAAACCCUCAAGGAUCAAUAAUUUCCCCGUUAUUUUCACAUUUUCCAUUAUUUCUUUGCUCCUUAUAGUUGCAGCGUGAUGUUAUAUAGCCUAAAGCCGUCCUCGAUAAAUGGUAUAUUCAUCGCAAAAAUAAUUUUUCAAUUCGAACAAAAAAAUGACGAAGUUCCAUACAAACUUGCACCCCGUAUUUCAUCCCCUUGGGAUAGAAUUUCAGAAUAAAAAGUAGCCUUUAUUCUAAUCCACGUUACUAAUUAUAUCUGUGCCGAAUUUCGUUCAGAUCCGUUCGGUAGAUUUUCCGUGAUGCGCGUACAAACAUACAGACAGACAGACGGACAGACAGACAGACAGACAAAAAUUCUAAAAAAAAUUGUUUUGGCUUCUAUUGACCCUAAAAAGAUCCCUUAUAAUUUUUUUUCUUAAAUAUCUUCAAUGUACAGACAAAGUUCAGUUACAGUUUUAUUAUAUGUAAGGAUACUCUAUUAAAAUUUUAUAAUAACUUAUUAGUCGAACACUCUUGUCAGAGUGGUCGUGGUUGCGCAGACGAGGUACGUGGAGAGGUGCUCGGUGGGUCGUAUUCUUUCCCGAGGACUGUUCUCUCAGUGAUAAUAAACGUGUUGUCUAUUUAAAUAUUUUUUAAUUAAUCUUUUGAGCAUAGAAAUCAAAAACCUUUCACUGAAAUAUACAUUUUUGUUUUUGAAAAAUCAUGAAAACUGAGUAAAAUAUUCGGAUUAAACAAAUUGCAAGCUUAUUGUAUGCAGGUUUUUGUUAUGUAACUAUUAUUAUUAGGUGUAGGCAUUGUAAUUAGUAUAAGUGUACAUAUAUUCUUACAAUUUGAGCCAACAGCCGCGUAUUAGUCCGUAAGUAACAUAGCAAUGUAAGUCUCCCGUGUGGUGAAAAAUGAACUAAAAAUAUUUUUUAUUAAUAGGAUAUUUAAAAUAUUUAGUGUGUUGUGAUUUGUAAACGUUCUAAUUAUCAAAUACAAAAGUAAAUAUUAUUCAGUUUACAAACAGUACAAAUUAAGAUCUUUCAAGCCUCCUAUUUGAGAUAAGAAAACCGAAUUAAAUCCUACUAUAUAAAUAAAGAAAUAAUUUUAAAACAUUUGCUGCAAUUUGCAAAAUUUUUAAUAUCCUCGCAAAUAUUCUGUCGACUUACUUUUUAGAAUUUGUUCCUGUGUCAUAUUAAAAUGUUUACAAAGAGCGACCAAAAAUAUAAUUAGGUUUGAAGUUAGAGCCUAUAACAGAAAAACAGUAACUUGAAGUAAGUAAUCAUAUAAACUAUUGUAUGUUAUCACCAGAAGGAGGUCUUCGAUAUUUAUGGUUAUCAAAGUCAGAAAAUCGGACUAGAAAAUCUUGAAUAGUAAUAAUAUACCCUACAUACACUACAGUUUAAGAUUGGUUCAAAUUGAGCCAAAUUCAAAUAUAUAUAUAUAUAUAUAAAUAUGUUUAAGAUAAUAUAAUUAAGUAGUUUCUGAUUUUGGAUAGACCGACAACUUUGUUUUAGAAGCUUCUUUUGAUUCGGUCUUUAUGAAUUAACUUCUUUUUUUUGAGAAAGUUUCUAAUUUGACCAAAGUACGUUGGAUUAAGUCGCCCUUACUAGACAAUUCUUUCGACCAAUCCCAUAAUUUAAUUGAAGUAUUUUCCUUAAACAGUUUUAAUGCUUUAACAUAUAUAUAAACAUUUGGUUAUUGAAAAAAUGUAAAAUUAUCUUGUUAUUUUAAAGUACCUAAAUUUUUUUUAUGUUAUUUGUAACGCCGAUCGUUGCAAGUGAAAAAAGGCUUGAUUUUAUGUAUGUAUGCAAAACCAACAUUGAGUGCUAAGGAAAACAAUUAGCCGUUGACUUGAUAUAAGUAAGAGUUAAACACAAUUGGCCGGGCCAGUUUUCUUUUUAAAUAUUUCAAAUUCCACAUGAAUAAAGUGAAAAGGAAUAAAGUUAAUGUGAUGUUAUCUUUGAUCAUAUCUUAAAAUAACUGUUAAAUUAAAUAUAACUUAAAAAAAGAUACAGAUUAAAAUUUUUAAAAAAUGUUAAAAAUAGAUAUUGUAUUUUUUCAUAUUUCACAUAGCUUACAUUAAAAUAAUCCCACUUAUUUUAUGUGUCACAGCCCAUUAUUAAAUAUCACAGAAAGAUCUCUUGCGUUGUAAUUUUUGUUUUUGGACCAAUCUUGGAAUUGUGUGUUAGUGUGUAUGAUCUUUAACGUAAUGUCAUCUGCUACAAAAUUGUCUACUUACUAUUAAAAUAAACAUAAAUCUAGAUAUUUGGAAAACUCCUUGAGAGGCUUAAAAUAUAGUGAUAUUAUAGUGUAAGUUAGGAUAAAAUAAACAAGAUCCCUACAAAUUAAAAACAAAUAUUUAAGGUCCUAGUUUGGUAAGCAUGCUGAUUUUUUAAUGAAAAUGUUGUGAGUUUAAGAAAAAGGUUUUUUUUUUGGAAAAUAAACUACUAUUCGGCAUAUCCAAUUGUGGUUUUUCAGCUGUCAUUAUAAAAGAUAUACGUGUAAAAGAUAUUAUGUAUCCUUGGCCUUAAAAAUAUAGGAAAGGCCUUUAAAAAUAUUUGUUCCUCAUUUGUAUUGACUUUGUUUAUGUCUAACUUAGGUAUGUAAGUUUGUAUAAACAUUUGUGAAGGUAUCGUAGUCCCAGUGAUAGUUAAGGUUUAUCAAACUAAAUGUUUGAAUAUAAUAGUAAAACACUUCAAAAGUUGUUAAAAUGCUUUUUAAGUGAAUUUAGUUAGUAUUGUAGAAUAUAAUGCAUGGUAUAAAGUUGGGUUAAAUUUGUAAAUUAUUUCGAAUAGUUAACGACCGUGUUUGCCUGAAAAUGAGGUAGUUUUUAGACUUAUAUUUUCAUGAUAAUAAAAAUAUUAUUAUUAUAUAUAUGUUUGUAACUCUAUUUUAUUCCCAGUUAUAUCGUUAUUUUUGUCCCAAAUUAUGUAGGUAUAGUAUUCAUUUAUAGUUUUAUUAUAUUGACACUUAAUUAGUUACAUUAUGUGUAUAGUAUAUAAGAAUAGUACUUAUAUAAGUAUUAAUAUAAAAAAUACUGUACAGAAUUCAUAAUAUUUAACUUAUAUACUCAUAGAGUAUCUUCAACUUAUAUUUCUCUAGGUUAGGGUUGACUUUGUACAUUUUCAACAUGCUUUUAAAGGAAAGGACCAAUAACAACAAUGUAAUGUAAAUAAUGACAUCAAUGUUACGAGUUUAAGUACACUUGUAGAAUUCUAAGACUAACAAUUUCUAUUUUUUUGGUUUGUCUAAUUCAUUUUAAAGAAGCUUAUUUAUAAAUUUUAAAUUAAAGAGAUAAUAUUAAUUUCUUCAUUUGUGCAACCGACUACGGCUAGAGAAGGUUACCUAUAAGCUAAAACUUUUCAAGAUAAUAAAUUUAAGCGCACUUGAUGCAUCACUCUGAAUGUAAUAUAUUUCUUAGGUACACUUUCUUACAUACUAAAAAAUGAUUUGUUUUCUUCUUGAUUUUAAUAACCCUUUUAAAAAUAUUAUUUUUUGCAUUAUUCGAGAUAUUUUUAUAUGAUUGAACUAUAGCUUGAGCUUUUUUCAACACUUCUAUAAGGUAUUAGUGAUGCGAUUGCAUAGGUAGUGUUAUAAAUAACAUAAAAUAAACGUUAACUCUGUUUUAUUUAAGGUCCAGUGCCGCGGAUUUUAUAUUUUAUAUUUUUACUCUAUCAAUUUUGUAUUUUUUUUUAUUUAACCCACAAAACAGAUUUUAAUCCAGAUAUUUUAAGAUUAUCAUUAAAUGUUGUAAAUUCUAUAAUUGGUGAAACAUUAACAUUAUUAACAAAAUAUAUCCUUGCAUUCUACUUACAGACUUUCUAUGUGGCGCUCUUAAUUAAAUUUGACACCUUAUUUAAAUAAUAACUAAGACAUGCCUUUGAAAUGGUUCUUUUUUAAUACAAUUAAAAAUAUCGCUUGUUACUGACUUCCCUCUAGAACCAAGUCAUGUACUUUAGAAUUUUUUCCCAUUCUCAAAUGAAUGCAUCAAUAUAAAUAAAUAAUCUACGCCAUAAACAUAUUACGAAAUUCAAAAUUAUUCCACUUUUACUUAAAAGGUGAUCUCUAAGUUGGCCGAGCGACCUGUAAAAUUUUCAGACAAUAUUACCUAGUCGAUAGCUUAAAUUUUCAUGUAAAUAUAAAAAAGUUCCAUGGAAUAGCUUAGAUUUAGGAAAUUAGUUCUAAGAUGUACAUUACAUUUGAAAGAAAUAUUACAAAAAAGGGUAUAGUUAAGGAUGGUAUUUCCACAGCGAUAUCGUAUUAAUUUUAAGCAGUAGUUAGAAUACCUAAUAGUUUUAAAAUGUUGGAUGCUUCUACUUACAAAAAUAUAGUUUAAGAUAAUAUUUCUACCUAAAAAAAGUUAAUUAUAUAUCUACAUUGGGUAAUUAAUCUAAGCUUAUGAUAUACCGGUAACCCUUUACCCUGGACCCCGAAGCAGAAGAAGAAGUGCGAGGGUGGAACUGGGCACAUGCAAAGAUGAUAUAAACAAUAACCGUGAUCAAUUAGACAUUCAGUUUCAAAAUUAUAAUCAAUAAGUAUAAAGUUAAUUAGAUUGUGUAAUUAAGUCAUUGGCCCACUUACAUAGAUUAAAUUUUUGUUUUUUUUUGGCUCCUACUUCAUCUGGUUUUAUUGUAUUGCACACCUCAAAAGGACAUUCAUAAAAGUAAUUUUGUGUACUAAAAUAUUUAAAAAAUGUAUGAGAAUUUAAGAAUUAAAUUUAAGAAAUGUAUAAGUAUAAAAAUUUGACUCAAUUAUAACGUUUUAAACAAUGAAAUGCAAUGACGUCGUUAUUAAUUUUAAACUUAGGUUUUAUAAGGUAAACUAUCUAGAUAACUUACUUACGUAUUUGUUGUUUUAAUAACAAGUAUACUAUUUUAUUUAUAAGAUUUAUUAAUAAUUAUGUUGGUUCGCUCUACAAGAGUUCAUAACAUUUUUUUAAUUAAGUAGGAAUGGUAUUUUAAAUUUUAUUCGUUUUAUGCUUUCAGUUUAGACAUGUUUUUGUUGGUGUGGUUUUGUGUCAAAAUAAAAUAUUUAUUAACGUUUGACAGAAUUGUUCAAAUCUCAAUUGUUAUGUUGUAAUUUUGUUUUCUGGUUUGUUUUUUUGGGAAUUGUAAGAAUUUUUGUUUUCUUUUCCUUUUUUUUGUUGAUAGGUUAUUGAUAAACUAUGAUUAUAUAAUUUUUGUCGUAAGUUGUAUCGAUUGCCGAAUUAUAAAUGUUAAUAGGUGUUUUAAAUGUCGGUAACAAAUAAAAAAUAAUAU